AUGUCGUUGACAAUUCCGAAGGCGCCCAAUGCUGGCCUGUUCAAGCAGGGCUAUCAGAGCCACGACUCCGAGGAUGGCGCCGUUAUUCGAAAUAUCGAAGCAUGCAGAGCUAUUGCCCAGACAGUCCAGACCUCACUCGGACCUCAUGGCCGGAAUAAGAUCGUCAUUAAUCAUCUGCAGAAGAUGAUUCUCACUUCUGACGCCGCUACAAUCCUACGGGAGCUGGAUGUCGUGCAUCCUGCUGCCAAACUCCUAGUUAUGGCCAGUCAGCAGCAGGAGGCCGAGAUGGGAGAUGCUACAAAUAUGGUUAUCAUUUUCGCUGGAGAGCUUCUACGAAAGGCAGAGGAUCUCCUACGAAUGGGGCUGAAGACCAGUGAUAUCGUUCAGGGCUACGAGAUUGCACAGGGAUUCGCUCUCAGUACUUUAGAUGAACUCGAAGUUGAUAGAUUAAAGGAAAUGCGCUCGGCACCUGAGCUCGGGAAGGCACUGAAGACGGUUAUUGGAAGCAAACAGUCUGGGUCCGAGGAGAUUCUUGCACCUCUCGUUGCAGAGGCUGUUCUGGGAGUACUCCCAAAGAACCCCGCCAACUUUAAUGUCGACAAUGUCCGUGUGGUUAAAAUUAUGGGUGGGAGCUUGGAACAAUCGCGUGUGGUUAAAGGCAUGGUCUUUGCUCGUGAACCAGAAGGUUCCAUUAAGAAGGCCAAAAAGGCCAAAGUGGGUGUUUUCAGCUGCCCACUUGAUAUCUCCCAAACCGAAACCAAGGGGACAGUACUCCUACACAAUGCCAAGGAAAUGCUUGAUUUCACAAAAGGAGAAGAGAGCCGUCUUGAAGCCGCUAUAAAGGAACUUUAUGAUUCUGGCCUUCGCGUCGUCGUUGCCGGCUCCACUGUGGGAGAACUUGCCCUACAUUACCUGAACCGAUUCAACAUCCUCGUUAUAAAGGUCAUGUCCAAGUUUGAGCUCCGCAGGUUAUGUCGUGUCAUUGGAGCCACUCCUCUUGCUCGUCUUGGUGCUCCUAUGCCAGAUGAGAUGGGAAAUGUUGACGUUGUUGAGACCAUGGAGAUUGGCGGUGACCGAGUGACAAUUUUCAGACAAGAAGAUGCCGGUUCUGUUAGCCGUACAUCUACCAUCAUCCUCCGUGGAGCAACGCAAAACUACUUAGAAGAUGUUGAGCGCGCCAUUGAUGAUGGUGUGAAUGCAGUGAAGGCCGUGGCGAAAGACCCACGACUGGUGCCUGGAGCCGGUGCUACAGAGAUGCAGCUUAUCGAACGACUCACUCAAUUUGCGGAUAGAACUCCCGGCCUUGCCCAGCAUGCCAUUCGAAAGUAUGCCGAAUCCUUCGAGGUCAUCCCACGAACACUUGCAGAAUCUGCAGGCCUUAACGCCACCGAAGUGCUAUCAAGACUAUAUACGGCCCACCAAGAGGCAGCAAAGGAAGAAUCAUCAGAAGAGGAUGAUGAUGAAGAGGAUGAGGAUGAGGAUGAGAGCUCCGAAGAAGAAGACCCCACAUGGACCACUGGUGUCGAUAUUCUUGCCUCUUCUGCUUCUGGAACCAUUGAUGCUGUAGAGGAGGAAAUUCUCGACCUCCUUGUUUCUAAAUCGUGGGCCAUCCGGCUUGCUUCUGAGUCUGCACGAACAAUUCUUAGUGUUGACCAAAUUAUUGUUGCAAGACAAGCUGGUGGUCCCAAACCGCCAGGCCAAAACCCAAAUUGGGACGAAGAUUAA